AUGGAAGAACAAGACAGGAUUGUAUCACGUUUAUGGAGAAGUUACAAGACCGUGAUAGAAAUGGUCGCCGAUAGAGGAUACUCCAUCUCCCAAAAGGAACUUAAUAUGACCUUAGCUGAUUUCAAAAGUUCCAAAUGUGAUGCCAUGAAUGUUCCUCAAAGAAAAUUGAUGUGUUUCCAAGCAAGUCCAACACCUGAAGCAUUAGAUAAAUUCCCUGAUUUGGGUCCUUUAUGGGUCGAAUUCUGUGAAGAAGAAUCCGUUGGUAUCAAAACCAUGAGAAAUUUCUGUAUUCACAUCAGUGAAAAAAAUUUUGCUACCGGUAUUUUCAUUUAUCAAACUUCAAUAACUCCUAGUGCCAACAAAUUAAUUCCAACUGUUGCCCCAGCAAGUAUUGAAACUUUCCAAGAAUCUGAUUUAAUCGUCAAUAUCACUCAUCAUGAAUUAGUUCCAAAACAUAUCAAAUUAUCCAAAGAUGAAAAGAAAGAAUUAUUAGAAAGAUAUAGAUUAAAAGAAUCUCAAUUACCAAGAAUCCAAAGAGAAGAUCCAGUAGCUAGAUACUUAGGAUUGAAAAGAGGUGAAGUUGUUAAAAUUAUAAGAAGAUCCGAAACUUCUGGUCGUUAUGCUUCUUAUAGAAUAUGUUUAUGA